AUGGCUGAUGAUUGGGCCGCAGAUGCGACUGAGGACACCGCAGCUACAGAUUUGGAUGCUGUUGCCAACGGUGGUAGUCACGAUCCUCAACCUCUUCGAGAGAACAAGAUCAAUAAGAAGAGACUGGAGGGGCAAGUUCAGCAAGCCGUGUUGUUUUUGAGAUUAGAACCGAACGCGAAAAUGUUGUCAAUCAUUGUGCGCACUGCAAAAAGCGGGUUGGUCUUGUGCGAAUCGAUCAAAAAUGUUCCGCAGGAUGUAGCGACUAUUUGCUCCGACUUCCUCUUCCAGAAGCUGCAGAGAAAUCCCAAAUAUUUACUCACCAUUGAGGAGGAUGAGCUCGAAGGAUUCGAAUAUGUCUUCAACUGGAUCAAGCAAUGUGGUGAGCAGAAGACCGUUGUCAAUAUCGAAAACGUCAAUGAUCUCAUCACCGAAGAGAAGGGUUUCCAGCCGCUCAUCCAAGCCAUGACUGCUGCGCACAAGCUCAAGAUUCCAGAGGCGUCCUUCGCGAAAUUCAUCCUCAAGCAAGCGAAGAACGCCGCAAAGCACUGUCUUGUCGACCUCGAGCUAGUCAAACAGGCUUACGACCCGAUUGACCCAUCUGGUUUUGACGCGUUAGGACUUCGAGAGGUGUUUGUGCAAAGCAUUUUCAACUGCUGGUACAACUACAAGCUCGACGGGGAAGAGUUUGACGAAUACAUGGCGGAGUUGACUGAUCUACGACACAACAUCCCUGAUCUUGACGAAGAUCUCCAUAGCGCUGUGCACGAGAGGGACAAGUUUCUCAAAGCCAUGAGAGAAAGAAAGAAGGCUACACUCGCCGAGGCUGAGAACGGGGUUAUCGAGGGAGCCGAUGAUCUCGGUGGUGGCAGAGAUGAAUGGGCAGGACAAGAUGCCAGUGCAGGUGACGGUGCUGAAUGGGACAACGGAGGUGGCAAUGCUGACAACUUCGGUACUGGUGCUAGUAACGAGUGGGCCGACGAGGUGAACAAGGACUUGGUUCCAGCGCCAUCUGUCGCUGCUGCUAUUUGGUAA